AUCAACAAAAAUUACUAAACCUUUACCUUUGACUCCUCUCUCUCUAAAACUCUCUCUCUCUCUAAAACACACUCUCUCUCUCCUCUUCCUGCCUAAUAGUCCACCACAGAAGCCCAGUCUAAUUUUGUGACUCUCUCUCUCUCUCUGAGCUACCACCAGGAGCUGCAUAUCUAUCAACAGUGCUUUCUUUCUCUCUUCCUUUCUCUCACUGCAAAAGCAACCAAAGCUGAGUUCUGAGUUCUCAUCCAUCCUUCAAAUUAGGUACUUUUUUGGGCUCAUCUUACUUUCCCUUUUGGCCUCUUGCAUUUCUUCUCUCAUUCUCUUCAUUGCUCUUUCACACCACUCCCAUCAAAGCUUCACACUUUUCACUUUUCUCCAUCUGGGUCUCUCUCUUUCACUUCGGAUCUGCUUCAUAUUCCACCCUAAACCACUCUUCCUCCAUAAAGAUCCAUUUUUUAAUUCAAUUUCCUCAGAAACUUCUCAAGAUAUCGAUGGAUGCUAAGCCAUGGAUUUGGUCAAUCUGAUCUCAAUUGAAACUCUUUAGCACUUCUGAUGGACUCAAAAAGUGGCACCAGAGCUCUCCCAAAGCAUAAUAAUCAGAAGACACCUGGGAUUCAAACCCUUGAGGCAAAGGAUAACAAGCCUUCUUCACUGCUGGUUUCGAAGACGGGCAAACCCGAGCUUGCUGCUUCAGAAGAUUUGUCUAAGUCUGUACAAAACACGUCGAAGCAGAAUCCUGGGGAAAUUUCUGAAAGCAAGAGGUUGGGAGCUUCAAUCCAAAAGGGGUUCGCUGAUUCCUUGAGUAAAGUUGGUUCUGGUGCUUCCUCAUCAGUUCUUGAUAAAACAUCUGGAGAAUUGGAUCGUGCUGUUAAUGAGAACGUAGGCUCACAGAAAAGCUCUAUCGAUCAUGGAAAAAAGACAUCGGAAUACGGAAGUGUGAAGAACAGUUCUGUUUCUGCCAAAGUUAGUGAUGGGGCCAGCAGUCUUGCAAAGACAAGUGGAAGCGCCAAGAUCAGCGAUCGAGCUGAUUUUGUGGAGAGUGGUAAGAGCAGUAUUUGCAGAGGAAGUACAAGCAGUGAUGUGAGCGAUGAGAGUACUUGCAGUAGCUUCAGUAGCAGCGUAAACAAGCCUCACAAGGCCAAUGACAUGAGAUGGGAAGCUAUCCAAGUGGUUCGAGCUAGAGACGGGGUAUUGGGUUUAGGUCACUUUAGACUACUGAAGAGGUUGGGCUGUGGGGAUAUUGGCAGUGUAUACCUCUCAGAGUUAAGUGGAACUAAAUGUUACUUUGCAAUGAAGGUAAUGGACAAAGGGUCCCUAGCAAGUCGUAAAAAGCUACUUCGUGCUCAGACAGAACGAGAAAUUCUGCAGUCACUUGACCACCCUUUUCUCCCAACUUUGUACACCCAUUUUGAGACAGAGAAAUUCUCUUGCUUGGUAAUGGAAUUCUGCCCAGGUGGAGACCUCCAUACUCUUAGGCAGAAACAACCAGGGAAGCAUUUUCCUGAGCAGGCAGUAAAAUUUUAUGUGGCAGAGGUCCUACUGGCUAUGGAGUACCUCCACAUGCUUGGGAUUGUCUACCGUGACCUUAAGCCUGAAAAUGUCCUUGUUAGGGAUGAUGGACAUAUUAUGCUUUCUGACUUUGAUCUUUCCCUCCGAUGUGCUGUUAGCCCAACCCUCGUUAAAUCCUCAUCCAUAGAUUCUGAGCCUUUAAGAAAGAAUUCUGCUUAUUGUGUUCAGCCUGCAUGUAUUGAGCCGCCUUCUUGCAUCCAGCCUUCCUGUGUUGCUCCUACUUCAUGCUUUUCACCUCGUCUCUUUUCUAGCAAAUCAAAGAAGGACCGGAAGCCUAAAAACGAAAUAGGCAACCAGGUGAGCCCAUUACCGGAACUCAUUGCCGAGCCUACCGAUGCUCGGUCCAUGUCAUUUGUUGGAACACAUGAAUACUUGGCACCUGAGAUCAUUAAGGGUGAAGGUCAUGGGAGUGCAGUUGAUUGGUGGACUUUUGGAAUCUUUCUAUAUGAGCUGUUGUUUGGUAAAACUCCUUUUAAGGGAUCGGGGAACCGAGCGACGUUGUUUAAUGUUGUAGGCCAACCCUUGCGGUUCCCAGAAGCACCUGUUGUCAGUUUUGCAGCAAGGGAUCUUAUAAGGGGGCUGCUUGUAAAGGAACCACAGCACAGAUUGGCAUAUAAAAGAGGCGCUACUGAGAUUAAGCAACAUCCCUUUUUUGAAGGUGUGAAUUGGGCAUUGAUCCGUUGUGCUACCCCACCUGAGAUCCCAAAGGCUGUAGAGUUUGAGAAGAUACCUUCCCCAGCCUCAUCAACUGGCGAAAAGGCUGUUAGCAAUAUGCCGCCAGCAAAUCAGAAAGGCUCUGAUAAUUAUCUGGAGUUCGAUUUCUUCUAGAUAGACAAUAUUGAUUACAAAUGGUUUGAUCUGUUAGAGGGGAGGAACUGUUUUUCAAUGUUUCAGGAACAGAUGAUGAGGAAUUGUAUGUUUGUUUUUGUUGGCUAUUUGCAGUUUCAGAUUUGUAUGGCAUUAUUAAUGCAUGGCUUCUGUCAUCUCAAAGGCAUGAAUCUACUUUUCUCCA